AUGCGAGUUCUCACGGACUUCUUCACGGAUCCGGCACAAGAUGCCAUGAAGCCGCAGGUUGUUCGCCACCUCGACUUUCUCCGUGCAGUGGACGCAGUGUUCGGGGCUUCAGAGCUGGAAAAGCAACCAGCUGUGAAGGUGCCCAGGCCUGGACAUUGUUUGAAGAAGCAUGGUCAAGACAUUAGCCCCUGCGAUGACGAGGUCGCUGUCGAACAGACACUGCGACGGCUUGCCCUACUCGUGAAGACCCGUGGAGUGAUCUUUUCGAAGUGCUUUCAGGACUCGGAACGAUCUCUGGAUACAUCACUCCUUUGCCCUCGAUUCGCGGGGAAGGUCACGGAGGCACAGUUCUGCAGCCACUUCCCUUUCAUGCAGGACAUCUCAGAACACGAGCUGAACCUAUUGCUACAGCGAUACUACAAUGCUGAUACCGGUGGUAUUAGUUACGUGGCACUGGACAAAGAAAUCCAGUCUCUCAUAGACGAGCCGUGCCAAGGGAGUGUGCUGUCGCAAAGCACUCGCAGUCCGAUGUCUGCGCGUCAGUGGGCCGGGCCAGCCACGUGGAGUGGCCGAGAGCCCAUGCGAGUGGCAGCCGGCCAGGAUCAGGAGCAGCUUGAUGCAGAGCUUCUCGCCCGACUCAAGGCCGAGAUCGCCUCCCGGCGCCUCCGACUCCAUGGAAGCUUUCAGGAAGUGGACCGCCUGCGUCGCGGUGCAGUGAGCAUGGGGCAGGCGAGAACUGUCUUCACCAUUCUUCGAAUCGAGCUCGAUUCCAAGGAGCUGGAGAUGCUGCAGCGGAUCUUUAAUCUCAACGGCCUCUUCAACUACAAGCAGUUCUGCAAUGCCAUCCUUGAGGUACCAUUGAACACGGAUGAUGCGGAUGAUCUUUGCCCGACUCCGGUCACGAAGGGAUCGGCCUUCCUCAAGAAGUCCGAGCGUGUGAGGGUACGACACCACUUGCAGCCUGAUGCGGAGGAAUUGCUAGCUGAAGCGGAGCUUUGGGUUGCUCGCCGGGCGGAGCAUUCUACCAUCAAUGUGAAGUCCCACUUCUUGGACUUCGACAGGCUUCGGUGUGGCCGUGUGAGCCGCAGUCAGUGCAGCCCGCGCGCUUCACUUCCUGCGUGUGCUUGA